UAUUUCGGCGAGAUUGCCACCACAGUCAAGCAAAAUCACCCACAGCUCUGUAGAACAUCCCAUACCGUGCCGGUCGAUCCUAUACAUGAAAAACGGGAAGUGAGAGUGGUCGUUCGUUGGUGUGGUGCUGGGGAAAGUGUUCUAAGAGGAUGCUCCUGCCCGAGAGAUCGAUCGAUGGGUUGUGAUCGUACAUGGUCAGUCAGUGUGGAAGCUGCAGUCGGAUCGAGUGGACGUUUCUUACUUAUUGUGCAGGCCUCCUCGGAGAUACGUUGAAAGUGUGUGGUGAUUGCGUGUAACGCGACGUUCCGCCGGAGAACUGGCUGCUGUGCUAAGUGGUUAAGCCAUCAAUCAUUCCCGGGUGUGCUAUUGAAUAUUGCAAGAACUGAUAGAUCCGCUCUGGAAGCUGGUACUUUUAAACGAUAGGGACGACGACGUGGACUGUGCCGCGCCAAUCAAUCGCGUGAGGGUUGUGUGAUAUUGUUCUAUCGGCGUGAUUACAGGACUGAAGAGCAUGUGUUGUGGCUCGUCGCAGUGUUGCAGUGAAGGAAGAGUGGUUUCGGGUUGCCGGUUAAAUCAUUAGCCGGUGUAGGAAAUUGGUUUUCUGCUGCCGCUUUUUUGCUGGAUUCAGAUUUGCCGCAGUAAAUCUUCAGGAAAGUCUUUGCCUCAUGCGGCGAUUGAAUUAUCGAGCAGAACUUCGAUGAAGUCAUCAAACCGCGGUACUUGACCAGUCAAUACAGCAGUUGAACUUGCGUUGCACCGCGCCAGUCAGUGGUAUCGCACAAGUCAGACAGCAAGAAGGGAUGUGAAGUGGUGAAGUCGAAAAUCAAAUAAAUAAAUUUAUUAUCAAAUCAGGUCAAUUUGUAUUAAGAUGAAAUAUUGCGUUGAGUGAGAGUGCGACUGCUCGUCUUCGUUGUCGUAGAACAUAGAGUGGGUCUACGCGAAUGGCGAUGCUGUAUCAGUAGUGACGAAGAUGUGUGAAAAGUAACUCUUGUUUGCAUAUAAGUAAAGAACGCAUCAUCAUCAAUUCAAGGGUGAAAUCGCUUCGGCACUAAUAAGCAGUGGCAAUAAUCAUCAUUGUGAAUAUCAUAUUACUACACACAUAGAGUGCAGUGUGCAACUGCAGCUGAUCUGAUCGAAAUAGAAGAAGAAGCCGUCUGGUGUUGGCGGAGAUCCGUGCAUUACAGUUUACUAUAUAAAACAGUGAUAAUACAGAGAGAGAGAGAGAGAGCCUGCAGUGAACCGGUUCAGCAGAGCUUGGAGCGCGCGCGAGUGUAAACAGAAAUUAUACUACUGAGGCUACUGCUACCAUCCGAUCAGAUGAUAGGAGUGCAAUAAAUCAAACCGAAACUGUCAGCAGGAAUUGGAUUUUCGAACCACGCCGCAUCGGCUCUUGGAGAGUGCGAAAGAAGAACUGAGAAGCCGCCCGCUGAGUGUUUUGUAGGUUGCCGGCAAAUUGGCAAUUGGACAUAAAUCUCACUCCAACCAGUAGUAGUAGUAGCAGCAGCAGCAGCAAGUAGUAGAGCAGUGAGGAUGAAGCUAGCCGUAGCCUGCCUGAUAACGCUGGCGGUGCGGUGUGCCCUGGCGAUUCCACCCAAGUCGGAACCGACGAUCUCGGAAUGUACGGCCAAGGGUGGCGAGUGUGAUGAGAGCAAGGGUCGUCCGGUGUGCGGUACUGACAAUCAAACCUACCCGACCAGGUGCCAUCUGAUCCGGGCGCAGUGCAGUGGGCAUCAGGUUAGCCUGAAACAUCGGGGGACUUGUAAAGACGUCUGCCUCGCAUCCCGAACGUACGCCCUCCAGCAUCGGUCCAACUCUCCGUACGGGGUGAAAUUUGUGCCCCGCUGCCGGGAGGACGGAACCUACGCCCCGGUCCAGUGCUUGGAAAGCGUCGGCUGCUGGUGCGUCAAUAGCCAAGGCAAACCACUGCCCAACACGACGGUCCAGCACGGGAAACCGGUUUGCGUGAAGAAGGGCAAAUCGAACCAGCGGCGAUCCUCGCCGAGAAAUCCGGUUAGAAACAAACGCAGCUGUUCCCGCAUGGACCGGGCCGUGUUCAACCGUAAUUUGCUGAAACUGUUCGAGAACGAGCACAUUCGGGUGCAGCAGAACGUGAAAGGCGGAUUAACGGCUUCCUCCGGUGGCAGCGGUGGCGUCAGCGAGAAAACCGUCCUGGAUUGGAAGUUUGCCUCGAUCGAUGGCAACCGGAAUGGCAUGCUGGACAAGACCGAGUACCGGGAGCUGAAGCGACUGAUCAAGAAAGUUGUGAAACCCAAACGCUGUGGUAGGUCUUUUGGGAAGAGCUGUGACGCCGACCAGGAUGAACGACUGUCGCGACUGGAGUGGGCCAACUGUUUCUCCAAAGACAAUCUAACACCCGAGAUGGAUCACCGGUACCACCACCCACAAUCAUCACAAUCAUCACCAUCAUCCGUCGCUGCGGCGCAUCAACACCACCAUCAACAGGCGAAUCAGCAACAGCUACACCCCCACCAGCACCACCAGCAUCAUCAUCUGGGUGGCGUUGGCGUCGGCGGCGGCGGUGGAAACGGUGGUGGCACAUUAAUCGGUGUCGGUGUCGGCUCCUCACAUUCUUCCUCUAGCUCUAGCACUAGCUUCCUCCGGUACGAUGAGACACAGCAGAAUAGCUCCAAUGAUUACACUGAUUUUGACGAUGAAGAUGAUUACUCAGAAAAUGACGACGAUUCGGACGAAUUGCCCGAUAGUGAUAAUACGCUACUAAACGGACUGCACUUUAGCUUUGCCGGCAAGCGGCUGCAGCCCAAUCUGUUGCUACAAGGCAAAACAACGCUGGAGCUGAAGGGUGACCAGGAUCCCAUCUUCAAGGACAGCGAAGCCGAAUCGGACUGCUUGAGUGACCGGACGGCCGCUUUGGAAGAGCAAAGGAGUGGAGCCACCGCGUUGUACGUUCCGGAGUGUACCGCAGAUGGUCGGUACCAACGGGUGCAGUGCUAUCUUUCCACCGGUUAUUGCUGGUGCGUCCACGAGGAUACGGGAAAGAACAUUCCCGGAACGUCAACCAAGGACAAACGACCGCAGUGUGACGUCUAUCCGGGCGUCGGAGGUCGACAGAUGCGUGGCUGUCCGGAUGAUAAGAAGUUGGAUUUUUUGCGAGAUUUGAAAGACUUUUUGAAGCAACAGAUUGCGAGUAAUUCGGUGACGGCAGCGGACAACACGAAGUGGGGAAGCGAAGACGAAAAGAUUGCGACUCUCAGCUUUGUGCUUCUGGAUAAGAACAAGAACAAGGUUUGGGAGAGGAAAGAGUGGAAAACCUUCCGGGAGCUUGUCACGGAAACAAGACAACUGCGCAAGUGCGGCAAAAAGAUGCCCCGGUACUGCGACGUAAAUAACGACCGGAAGAUCACUCUCUCCGAGUGGCUCAACUGUCUGCAAACCCAACGGACGGCCUAUGUGGAAGGCGGAUCAGCGGCCAAAUCUUCCACCCUGAUUUCCUCCAGUGUUGCUGGAGGUGGUGGCGGCGGUGGUGUUGGCGGAGUUGGUAAUGGCGGCGGCGUUGGGCUAUCGGAAGGAGGUUGGAAGCCUUCGCUGUCCGCUUCGUCUACCUCGAAGUUCCGUGGUCCCAAUCCGUUGGAAUCGGUUCUGAAAAGUGAUUGAAUGACAAGGCAGUACCACCACUGACAUACUCUCAAACAUGAACAAGAACACACAAACCCAUACACACACAUACAUACAUAUUUACGAAUGAGACUUAAUAAGAAUUCUGUCGAGAGGGUGCUGGAACGAGGAUUUUCGGAUCCAGCGUAGGGUUUUUAUUUAUUGUUAUCGUACGAAAUGGACGAUGGAUCAUUGAUUUCUUGAGCUAGGAUCGAGAUUGAUAAUUUGAAAGAUCGAAAUAACUUGUUUAUUUCAGCAGUUGUGUUACUUUUGAGAUUUUUAUUUUUAACUGUUUUUGGCUGAAAUUUGAAUUACAUAAUGAAUUGAAUGAAAGGUAUUUGAACCGAGAAAAUAAUUUGUCUACAUUUCCAGAAUUCAUUUUAAAUAGGUCACAUGUAACAAAUUGACAUUUUAAUGAAAUGUCUUAUGAUUUCCUCGCAAAUUUUCCCUGGACUCCCCCAGA